CCUAAAAUUCUGUCUAUUUAUAUCAACUUUGAGUAUUCAUACAAGUUUAAAGGAUUUGGAAGUACCGCUUGCAGUUCUUUUCCUCUCAUCUCAGCUAAUUAUUCAUUCUUUCUUCUGAAACAUGUUCUCGUCAUAGAGAUGUGGCACAUUAUUAUGUGUGUUUCUGUUGUUUGGUUGCAUAGGCAUUGCUACUGCCACUGCAACCGAACCCAAAACAGAAUCGUUUGAUACUUCUUCAAUUCGAUUGUGGCCACGAUGGUGGUGGUGUACUCACCCAAAAUACCAUCACCACCAACUCAUGCGGCUCCAUAUCCAUCUCCGAUUGACAAUGUGGCUUCACCAACGCAUAUGGCUCAAUCCCCAGUUGAUGAUGUGGUUUCGCCACCGCACACCACUCCAACCAAAACUUGCAUCAAGGUGGACGGUUGUGCAUCAGAUUUGAUCACUUUCGUUUUCAAGCGUAGAAUUUCAUUAUCCACUCAAUGCUACCAAGUACUUUCAACAAUUUCAGAUGAUUGCUUUUACAGAGAGUACAAACACUCAAAGAGGGGACCAUUUUUCCUUGGAAAAGUGAGAAACUAUUGCAGCCAUGCCGUUGAUAAUGCUGCUCCAUCUCCAUCUCCGGUUGCUUUACAAACUCAGGAAUCUCCAUCUCCAUCUCUGGUUGAUAAUUCAGCUUAACCAACUCAUGCAUCUUCAUCCCCAUCCACAGUUGAUGAUGUCAUUUCUCCAUCACACAUGGCUCCCUCUUGGACGGCUCCAACCACUUCUUGCAUCAAGGUGAAUGGUUGUGCAUUCAAUUUGAUCACUUCAUUUUCAAGGGUAGAAUUUCAUUAUCCACUCAAUGCUUCCAAGUACAUUCCAAUUUCAGAUGAUUGUUUUUACAGAUAGUUCACAGACUCCAAGAGGUACCCUUUUUCCUAGGCAAAGUGAGGAAAUAUUACAGUCAUCAUCAAGCCCGAAGCAAAAGAACAGGAUAAGGCACAUUUUUUCUCUUCUUUUUGUUAGAUCAUUUAGUUUACUUUAUAUAGGAUUCUGCCCCUAAAUAGGUGUUAAAAGGGGUGGUAGUUAAUUACUU